AUGUAUUCUGAUCAGUUGUUGUCAAAACAAGGCCCAUUGGCACAUGUUUGGUUGGCAGCUAACUAUGAUAAGAGAUUAUCUAAACAACAAUUAUUAAAUACCAAUAUUAUUCAAUCGUCCCAUAUAAUAUCAACACAUCCCAUUAGCUAUCAAAGCUCCCAAGUCUCACAAACCACUACAGUAGACAAUGCAAAAACAAUAACAUUAAGACUAUCGGGACAAUUGUUAUUGGGUAUUGUACGAAUUUAUUCCAGAAAGACGAAAUACUUAUUAGAUGAUGUGAAUGACAUCUUAUAUAAAUUAAAGAAUUCGUUCAAAUAUGCUAAUGGAGGAGUUUUGAUAGGUUCAGAAUUGUCUAAAAACCUGAUCAACUUGGCACCGCAACAAACAAUCGUGUCUAAUGUUGAGAGCAUUACUUUGGCAGAUCAGGUAGCUGAUUUUGACUUGUUGUAUCAGGAUGAUUUGAACUUGGGUGAUGGUUUAGGGACAACGAACACCAACACACUUUUUAGUCAAGUUUCGAACGCAAAUUCUUUAAAUGAUAGUAGUUUUAACUAUGAUCAGUCUAUCGAGAUACCCAGAUUCAAUGACAGCACAAUGAAUAAUUCAAAUAUCGAUGACGACUUGGAGCUAGAUUUUGAACUUGGGGAUAAUGAUAAUGACAAUUUAUUUGACCAAUCGAUAGAAGUUGGUAGAAAUGUAUCUCAAUUGCCAGAAAAUAGUCCCGAUGUAUCCAUCUUAUCAGAUUUGAAUAAAGAUAGCUCUGCACAUAAUGAUGAUAAUUCAGGCUUUGACUUUGACUUUGAUGAUAAUCCUUUAGAGACAAUUGAUGAAGCCAGACCUACUUUAAAUGCAGACGAUGUUGAUAAUGAAACUUCGGAUAAUAAUGAGCCAAUUACACCACCACCUACAGCAAGACCCAGAGCAAAAUUGGUCGGUAUAACUGAAGAAGGAGACUUAAAAACGACAAAACGUAAAUUGAAAGUUGAUUCAAAUGAGGAAUUGGAUAUGGGUAUUUCAAUUGAAAGUUUAAGAAAGAAUCAGCGAUUGCAAUUACGAAAUGAGGCGUUGGAUGAAUAUUUGACUUUAAGAUUGUCAGAGACUGAAAAAAUACAAUUAAUUCAUGAUCUUAGUAAUCCAGUUAAUAACGCCAAUAAGAGAAGAAAAUUGUGGAAUAUAGAUGAACAAUUACAGCAAAGAUGUUUAGAAUUAUCCCAGGAAGAGCAAGCUGAGCAUAAUAACCAGCCUCAAACUGAUAAUCCAGAAUUUGAUGAUUUUGACAAUAAUUUAGAUUUUGAUAUUUCAUUACCAGGAUUAGAAUCUGAAGCCGAUAUUACUAGCAAUGCUUUAGAAUCUGCUCAAUUUGAAGAAGAAAGCGAAGAAGAAGAUUUUUCAAAUGAAGUUGUAACUAAAUCAACUAUUCAGAUUGCUGAUCAGCUCCGAGGAACCUUUUCUAAUAAUGCAGAGGACGUGACAAACUUAACAGAAAUGAUAGAAAAAGACUUACUGAUCCUUGAAAGAGAUGAAACUAAAUUACCAUUAGGGUUGGUUAAUAAAUCAACUGAAAAUAUUAGAGUUAAUAAACGAAGAGAAGCAACUAAAUGUUUCUUUGAGUUAUUAGUCCUCGCAACGAAUGAUUGUAUCUCAAUCGAACAAGAACAGCCAUCUAAUAAUAACAAAAUUGGAGGUAACAUUAAUAUUAGGUCUAGAGAUAGAAUCUUUAACCAAUUUCUUUAA